AUGAAUCCUUCUUAUACGCCUUCUUUGGACGGACAGUGGGGCACCGGCCUGCCCGAGCACUUCAGAAACAGAUCGACACUUCCUUCAGGGCUCUCGCCCGACCUGGCACAGGAGACGACAGACGAUUCCUUCGGAUGCCAGUCCUGCGGCAAGGAAUACAGCCGCCUCUGCGACUUGAACAAACACGUCAAGACACACAGCAGGCCCUUCAAGUGUCCCGUUGAGGACUGCCUCUACUACAUCUCGGGCUGGCCCACCGAGAAGGAGUUGGCCCGUCAUUUCAACGACAAGCACUCGUCUGAGCCGAGGGUCUUCUCUUGCCUGUGGCACGGGUGCACCUACAGCUCAAAACGGGAGUCCAACUGCAAACAGCAUAUGGAAAAGGUCCACGGCUACAACUACGUUCGUAGUCGAGCCGGAGGGAAGGAAGACGGUGGACUCGACAAGCCAGCUACCUCAGCAACACAAGUCGACGUCAUUCCGCGGUCUGUCCAGCAGCCCAGGAAUCCGCUGGCCAUCCGGACCGUUCCGAAUUUCCUGCUCACCCCAAGCCCCUUGGAAGGGUGUUCCACGCUGCCGUCAGACACAUCGUCCCCUAUCAGCUUAGCCGGGACUGGACCUUACGGGCCAGAGCCUUACAUUCCCUGGAACUCGCCAGUGACGAGGCUGAGCAACAGCAACAACAAUAACAACAACAACGAGGGCUUCCUGCAGCAGUUCUCUCAGAACUAUACUUCGGGCAGUCCCAUCACUAUCCAUGAUGGUGAAUGGCUGCAAGUGCCUGUCGACCCGAAGCUGCACAACCCAGAUACCAGCAGCGCAAAUACACCAGAGACGUCACCAGUCACCGAAGUCUCCUUAUCCCGGGACGACAUGUUGAGGGCCUUACCUACCAUUGUGACGCCCAAGACGAGCCCGUCUGUGAACAGCCAGGUUCUCACCCCUGUGUCCGAGCCCAGCCCGGUACUCAACCAGCACUCUGGGUUUGUGAGCGAGGCCACGACACCACAGGACUCCGAAGGGUUCAGAGGUCAAGGGCAUAUUGCCACCCUUGGGCUGGGUGUCACCGGUCAUCUGAACCCCUUCGGCAAGCGUCAAGUCCGGUUCGGCAAGGACCCUUGGGAGGACAGCGAUGAAGAUGACGAGCCCCCGAACAAGCGGAACCGGACUCCUGGUGGCAACGAAGAAGAUUCCGGCGACCCCAAGAUGAUAUGUCCUUUCAGGAGCGCUCAUCCAGAGAUUUAUGACCUGAAUGUACACUCCAAAUACUUCAGCUGCCACACGGAACAUCACAACAUCUCUACUGUAGUACGCCACCUGGGCAGACCGGCCCACAACCUAGAUGUAGACAACUCACGACAAGCCAUUUCUUCCUUCAAUGCCACAAACGAGCACGGCCACCCGGCCGCUGGUCUGUGUAAGAAGUGCUGGCGGUCUUUUGCCGAUCCCGAGGCCUUCGAGAGUCAUCUGAACACAAAGUGCGAGACGGUCUCGAGGAGCAAGCGCGAGAAGUUCCAGAUUCUGCUCGAUACGUUCUGCCGCACGAAUCAAGACAGCUAUAACGAUGAGAGCGGCGGAUCGGACAAUGUCGAGGAUGCAGAAGGAGAUUCCGAGGCGGAUGCCUCUAGGAGCGCAACAUCCUACAUCCGCCGCGAGGAUGUGGUCAGCCGGAGGGAGUACCAGGCUCUGGUCGACCGUGUUGCCACCCUCGAGCGCAUGAUAGCAACUCGAAUGCCCCAAUCCACCCCAAGGACCUUGCCUCAGCAGGCCACAGUCGCUCGGGCCUUCACCCCAUCACCGGCAAUGCAAUCACAAUCAUUUGAUUACUACUCCUACGAGACAGCCCCCAGCCAGUCGAGAGCACCGGCCGUUGUCGGGCGUGAACCUAGGACAAGCAUGGUUGGCGGCAUGGACACGCAGACCCUCGGCACUGGCGACCAGAGCGUGACGAGCUUCUACCUCGAGACCGACCGGAGUAUGAACAGCUUCCGGCCCACGCCGAGCAGACGGACCGACAGCGUGUCCACCGUCCGGCGUGCGAGCCCCCUCACCGCCGCACCGCACCCUGGCGGGCAACAACAACAGCAGCAGCAGCACGCCCCAGCGCGGGCCGUCUCGGAUUCGGCCUACGGCACCGAAGCGGCGGCGGCGGCAGCAGCAGCAGCAGGAGCAGCAGGAGGGAGAGGAGGAGGAGGAGGAGGCCAGCAGAUGGUUACAACAGGCAACGCCGCCGCCCUCGUACACUUGCCGAGCCACCAGGUAGCCCAAGCGGCAGUGAGCUUCGAAAACCCAGGCACGGGUGCCACACAGCAGCCUGCCGGCGCGAUGAUGCGAGACCGGUGGGGCCAGGGGGUCGAGGCAGGCGGCAGCGAGAUGAUGCAGAGGAUGGAUUUUUUCAACAGCCAGGGCUCCGCCGAGGACAUCGCCAAGUACCUGAACAUGGACUCCCACCAGUAA